AUGACUGACCAAACUCUUCCUCGUCAACAUCCGCAUUCAUCCACGCACACGGCCUUCAAGCUCAUCACCGUGGCGUCUCAUCAGUCUCGCGACGUCGAGGAGGAGGAGCCAGAGUACCUGCCCUACCCAGCAACCAAGCUCAUCAUCGCGCAGUACUGGCACUGCUCGCGCGACCCGCCGUUCUGGGGUUACCUUAUUGUCGGCACCUUUUACGACCAGCACAACAGCAUUGUCUGGAGCACCGAGAUCUUUGCCUUCCAGCGUGACACGCGCGGCGGUGAUCAGAGACACGACGACGAAGAGGGGCAGUUUGCCGAGCUAUCGGAUUCGGAUUCAAACACCAGCCAAGACUUGAACGACAGAUUUUCUCGCAGCCUCAACCUCGCUCAGACCAGCAGCGCAUACCAUCAACCAUCACACGUCCCGACCUACGAAUACCAAACACACUCGCACCACCUCUGGGGCCCUUCACACGCAGGCCCCAUCCCCGGCACUUGGAUCACGGAAUUCAACCACGGCCUCGGAAACUGGGUAAACACCUGGCAACCGAAUCACAACCACCACAUCUGA